AUUUACUUCAUUAUUAUUAUUGUAGCGUAAACGAGUGAACUUUAGCGAUCCUCCAAUAACGGCAGAAAAAAUGUAUUACAAAGAUGAAGCGGAAGAUAUGAAAUCGGAAAAUGAUUCGUGUUUGUCCGAAUUGAAUCAAAGAAAAUCAACACCCAUUUACCCUCCAUUAAUAAACUGUCCAAACGAUAUAAAAGAAGUAUUAAAGCAAAUAAAUGAAGAUAGUAAUUUCUACGACAACUUUCUUUCGUUAAAAUUAAGUACGGUCGGUGAUUUGGCGAAAUUAACUUCGACUCAAGUGAAUCAAAUGGAGUUUCUGAGUAAUCCUAAAGUAUCGACGAUUAUCAGCGCUUUGAGUGCCUUCGCGGACAAGUAUAAUUCUAAAGAAAAAUUGGAGGAACAAGUUGAAAGUUCGAUGGUUCCUUCUGAAGAUCCUAGUUUACCUGUUAACGGAGAUACUGAAAAUAACGCUUUACUUGUUUCGCCUUUUGAACGGUUAAAAAGGGCGAAUACGGACAUAUCAGAUAUGUGGCAAAAUUUAAUGAACAUUUGUACUAGACAAGAGUUAAUGUUAAUAUCUGAAGGCUUGCAGGAAUAUUUGGAGACCAUCUAAAUGCGUGCGUUUUCGUAGUUUCUAUUAUACUUAUUUCCACAUGAUUUAAUUUUAAAGGUUUUUUGAAAUAAUUCACGGUUUGUUGAUUUUUUCAUAUAUGUUCAUUUUUAUUUACAAUGACCAUAUAGUAAAUAUUAACUUCCAUGAUUAAUAAAACAUGUUUAUUUUGUGGAUGUCCAAUAGUUAGUAUGUUUUAUGCUUUAUAAGCAAUAUAAGUAAAAUAAAAAAGUAUUUAUAAU